AUGAAGAGACUAGCAGCUCGCCGCUAUGCUGGUUUGUUAAUUCUCUCCCCCCCAGCUGCAGCCGAUCCAGCUAGCCAGCCUGCAGACUGCAGCCAGCCUGAGGCAGGAGGGAACGGCUCUGUGGACAACAUGGACGAGGACAUCAGCCUGAAGAAACGGAAAGGUGACCACCAUGGAAAGAAAGAGCUGCAGAUCAUCCAGGAGGCCGGUGAAAAGGUCAAGAGGAAGCGGGGGCGCCCGCCAGCUGAGAAACUACCUCCCAAUCCCCCCGAGCUCACGAGACAGCUGAACACACUGGUGGACAUGGUCAUCAACUACAAGGACGGGUUGGGUCGUCAGAUCAGUAAAGGUUUCGUCCAGCUCCCCUCAAAGAAGGAGGUACCCGAGUACUAUGAGCUGAUUCGAAAGCCCGUGGACUUCAGGAGGAUCAGGGAACGUGUGCGUAACCACAAGUACCGGAGCGUGGGGGAUCUAGAAAAGGACAUCCUCCUCCUGUGUCACAACGCUCAGAGCUUUAACCUGGAGGGAUCUCAGAUAUAUGAGGAUUCGAUCGUCAUAAGGUCUGUUUUUGAGAGUGCAAGACAAAGAAUUGUGAUAGAUGAGGAGCAAAGAGAGACCCUUAAAGCUAGCCACAGUGACAACGGGGGUGGAGCUGAAGACCCGUUUGUUGCAUCUACAGUGAUGACACCGCCUAUACUCCUGAAGCCAGCGAUUAAGGAAAAGAAAAGCCGAAUUACAAUGGUCAAGAGACUCCACAGUGACUUAGACAGUGAUGAGGAUCCAGAGGAUAACAUCACGAAAGAGGAAGGCUGA